AAAACGUGACACGUUUCCGUUAUAGCCCGGCGCGAGUAUGCGCAGUAAGAACUCAACCCGGAAAAAAACAGAAAUGCGUAAUCGCCCAUCGGCUUCAAAUCGCCUUGGCAGUACCUGUUUGUAACACAAUGGCCGCUGUGGUGACGUCAGAGGAGCAGAAGUUCUGCUUGCAGGAAGUCCUCUCCACCGUCAAGGUGUGUCUGUCUGAAAACGAUGACGUCAUUCUGCAAAACUACGUGUCCUGCUGGCGCGGGCUCGUCAAGUUCUUGAACAGCCUGGGCGCCGUCUUCGGCUUCAUCUCCAAGGACGCGGUCGGUAAGAUCCAGAUCCUGGUGAACCUGCUGAACGGAGAGGCGUCCUCCCGCUACGAGACCGUGCAGUCCAUGGUCCGGUACGAGCUGGACAACGGCCUGGUGGACCUGGAGAAGCGGGGCGGCCACCCGGAGUCGGGCUGCCGCACCCUGCUGAGGCUGCACCGCGCGCUCCGGUGGCUGGAGCUCUUCCUGGAGCGCCUGAGGACCAGCGAGGAGGACGGCAAGACGUCCGCCAUGUGCGCCGAGGCCUACAACGAGUCCCUGGCGCGGCACCACCCGUGGGUGGUGCGCAAGGCCGCCGGCGUGGCCUUCUGCGUGCUACCGGGCCGCGCCACCUUCUUCGAGGUGAUGAACGUGGGCCCGCCGGAGAAGGUGGUGGCCAUGCUGGGGGAAGCGGUGCCGCUCAUUUCUGAGGUGUACCGGGUCACUGAAGAACUUUACGCCAAGAACAACAUGCUGGACUUGCCUUGAAACCUUCACUUAACAUCCCGGGCGGUAUAACUCGGUUGGUAGAGCGGCUGUGCCAGCAACUUGAGAGGUUGCAGGUUCGAUCCCCGCUUCCGCCAUCCUAGUCACUGCUGUUGUGUCCUUGGGCAUGACACUUUACCCACCUGCUCCCAGUGCCACCCACACUGGUUUAAAUGUAACUUAGAUAUUAGGUUUCACUAUGUAAAGCGCUUUGAGUCACUAGAGAAAAGCGCUAUAUAAAUAUAAUUCACUUCACAUUCAACAUGGCUGCUACUUUAGGGACUGUGCAAUAUCUGCAUGGCGGGACCACUACAAUAUGUCUACUUCUUGUACGUUUUUUCAUGAUGUCUUUCAGCAUUUAUUGAAUGUAAAACAUUGUGUACUGUUAAAUGUGUCCUCACAUUUAGUAUAGUGACGGCCUUCGUCAUUUUAAGUCAAAUCAAGAGCAAGUAUUUGUUGUUGUUCAAACCCCAAAACCAGUGAAGUUGUCACCUUGUGUAAAUGGUAAAUAAAACCAGAAUACAAUGAUUUGCAAAU